CUUGGAGCGCCCUCGGCGGGAAGGUGUGCGCGUGCGCGCAGGCUGCGCGGCCCGGCCCCGCCCCCUGCUCGCGGGGCGCUCCCGGGCGACUGCGCACGCGUGGCGGGUUAUAGACAAUUUGUGAAAUGAGUGACUCCGAAGAUGACGAUAUCCCCCAGCUGUCUUCCCACACCCUAGCAGCUCUCCAGGAAUUUUAUGCCGAGCAGAAGCAACAGAUCGACCCAGGUGGGGACGAUAAAUAUAACAUUGGCAUAAUAGGAGAGAACUGGGUAAGUAAACGCGUUCCACGCCUCUCAGGAAGCAGUGGUGUGGAACCUGUUCUGUGCCUAGUACAGUGUUCGUCUGCAUCCCACCUAAUACCCAAAUCUAUCUUGCCGGUCAUUCGGGAGCUGCACCUCUUUGGGGAGCUAGGACAGAAGGCAGUCCCUGAAUAUUUUAAGACAGCACGAGUGCAGAUUUUCCUGGUUCUGGCUCUCAAGCAGCAGUUGAGCCAGUUUUGGUACAGUCAGGAGACGGCUUUGCAGCUCGCCAAGGAAGCGAUUACAGCUGCUGGAGAGGGUGGCAGAAUAGCAUGUGUGAGUGCCCCGAGUGUUUACCAGAAACUGAGAGAGCUGCACAGAGAAGACUUUUCUGUAUACAUCUUUGAAUAUGACAAAAGAUUUGCCAUAUAUGGAGAAGAGUUUAUCUUCUAUGAUUACAAUAAUCCACUGGAUUUACCUGAAAAAAUUGCUGCACAUAGUUUCGACAUCGUAAUAGCAGAUCCCCCCUAUCUUUCUGAGGAAUGUCUCAGGAAAACGUCAGAAACCAUCAAGUAUCUGACUCAGGGCAAGAUUCUGCUGUGCACAGGUGCCGUCAUGCAAGAAGAGGCAGCGAAACUUCUUGGAGUGAAGAUGUGCAAGUUUAUUCCAGAACACACUCGAACCCUGGCAAAUGAGUUUCGCUGUUACGUGAAUUAUGAUUCUGGGCUGGACCAUGACAUCUAAAUGCAGAUCAUAAUGUAACACGGUUAAGGACCCUAGUGUUCCAGACAAGCUGCUUUGGCCGUCCGGGUCCCAGCUUGGAGCAGGGCCACAGCCGACCUGCCGCGGACGUGGAGGAGGAGGGGAGCAAACCUCAGAGGGGGGCUGUUGCGCCCUGCGCAGACCCCGGGCCCCGGGGGCGCACACUCCCGCUGGUGCUCAGGAGGCGCCUGGGGCUUGCGCGUGUUUGUUCUUCCUCAGACCUCAGUUGUCAUCCUUCGGGAUAAUUUUUAAUUUAAUUAAAAAGUCACUCUAUUUUUAUGAGACAUUUAUAUUCUUAUCAGUGUACCAGCACCUGGCACAUUAAGUAUUCAAUAAAUGUUUGUUCUGUUAAAAAUAACCCCUACCAUAUUAUUUCCUUAUGAAUCAGUUUGCUAAGAAUUACCUAGGGCAGUAAUAAAUUUUAGUAACAAAUCAUGCAUAGAAAUGUAAUGUGUAACUUAGGAAUUGUGGGCAGUAGCAGCCUAGAAAUAACAUAAUUUCAGUUGUCCUUAAAAUCUAGCCUUUAGAUGAGAGAAACUUUGUUUCUUCAUGGAGAUGAGGGAGGAAAGGGGCAAAGCUUGACUCAAUUAAAAAUUUAAUUACAGGGGCCAGCCGGUGGCCCAGUGGUUCCAGUUCCCUGCGCUGGCUGUGCUGGCCCAGGGUGGUGGCUGGAUCCUGGUUGCAGACUUACUUUGCUUAUCAGUCAUGCUGUGGUGACAUCCCACAUACAAAAAAUAGAGGAAGAUUGGCACAGAUGUUAGCCCGGGGCAAAUCUUCCUCACCAAAAAAAAAAAAAAAAAUUGUUUAAUAAGCAGCCAAUAGGUGUUCUAUAGCUUUGGACCCCUAUACAUGAUUUCAGUUUUAGCAAACCUAUAUUCAGCUAUGAUCCACUUCUGGAUUUCAGAAAAGAUCUGCAGCUACACCUCUGCCCCUUCAAAAACACAAAUUAGGCCUGGCGUGUUCCCCAGUGUCUGUCUCAGCAGCAGAGGGCACAGCGAGCACCCUGCCAGCUCGGGCGGAGGAAGGCUGGGGCAGUGCUCUCCAGUCGGCAGGUCUGUGCACAGUGAAUGGUGGAUUAAAAUAAGCUUCAUGGAUUCUGACGAGGCACCUCACCUCUUACACUUUACCUAAGAACCUCAGUAGCCAAAAAGGAUAUGUUAGUCGACAUCUUUGUAAGCCCUUCCUAUUUCGAAGGUCUGCGCUGAGAGACGAGACAACCAAGAGCUGAGUGGAGGGGAAGAUGAUAAUUCUAGUUUUGCUGACAAUUCAAAAUUUCCUGCUUAGCUCCUCAGCUGUGUGUUUGGGGGUGAUGGCGCGCCUGGACAGCAAGAACAAGUGAAAUGCAUGGGUGACUUUAAAACCCCAUUCCAGGUAGGAAUGUCAUGCUCUUUCCCCUUCAGCUCCUUUCUAAGAUCAGAGCUGGAACCACUUCCUAAAGCAGCCCCUUUCUCCCCUUUGCCUUGCCAAAAGAGAGGCAGUAAAAUGAGAAGUUUGGUAAUUGGCCCCUGAAUGGGGAGCUGUGUGUGCGAAUGUUUUUUGAUCCGUUUUUAUGAAACAAGCAUGCAAUAGAAAUACUGUAGUCAGUUGGUUGGAAAAAAUCUUCAAUAACCAGCAAGGUACCUCCAUUCCAAGGGUUGUGCCAUAAGCCUCGAGAUAGAAUUCCUGAAGGAAACACGUGCCCCGUGGCACUUUUUUGAGAGGCGUGGAAGAAGCUAUCAAAUUUACCGUAAUAAACUGUUGCUACUCUGCAAAGCUUAGGAAUUUUAGUGCCCGGGUCAAUGGGCUGCCACUAUGUUAAGUGUCACCGAACUUUGGCUGGCAUCCUUUCUCCCCUAUUUGUUUGUUUGAUAAAACGUAAUACUGACCCCGCCCCCCUCUAGAAAAAACUUUAGUUUUAACAAGAGGACAAAAUUCUGUCCCAUAAAUUGUUAAGUCAUCGACAUAGUAUCUCUGGAUCACCACCCUCCAAUUUGCCUAGUCGUAUUUAAUUUUAAACUUAUCUUUUGUACAAAAAAAAUAGUCACUUUUAAGUGAUUAUACGCUUGCUAAAUCAAUAAACAUACCAUGAAGAAA